GAUGGUGGAGGACGGUACGGAGGAGCUGGAAGAUUUGGUCCAUUUCUCGGUGUCCGAGUUGCCCAGUCGGGGCUACGGCGUCAUGGAGGAGAUCCGGCGGCAGGGCAAGCUGUGCGACGUGACGCUGAAGAUCGGGGACCACAAAUUCAGUGCCCACCGGAUCGUCUUAGCUGCUUCCAUCCCAUACUUCCACGCCAUGUUUACAAAUGACAUGAUGGAGUGCAAGCAGGAUGAGAUCGUGAUGCAAGGAAUGGACCCAAGUGCUCUGGAGGCUUUGAUCAACUUUGCUUACAACGGCAACCUCGCCAUUGACCAGCAAAACGUCCAGUCGCUGCUGAUGGGGGCGAGCUUCCUGCAGCUACAGAGCAUCAAAGAUGCCUGCUGUACAUUCCUCCGAGAACGACUUCACCCAAAAAAUUGCCUGGGUGUGCGCCAGUUUGCCGAGACGAUGAUGUGUGCUGUGCUCUACGACGCAGCCAACAGCUUCAUUCACCAGCACUUUGUGGCGGUGUCCAUGUCAGAGGAGUUCCUGGCCCUGCCCUUGGAAGACGUGCUUGAACUGGUAUCGCGAGACGAGCUGAACGUGAAGUCAGAAGAGCAGGUAUUUGAAGCUGCACUAGCCUGGGUCAGAUACGACCGGGAGCAGAGGGGCCCCUGCCUGCCUGAGCUGCUGUCCAACAUCCGCCUGCCCCUCUGCAGGCCGCAGUUCCUGGCAGACCGGGUGCAGCAGGAUGACCUGGUGCGUUGCUGUCACAAAUGCAGGGACCUGGUAGAUGAAGCAAAGGACUAUCACCUCAUGCCAGAGCGCCGGCCCCACGUGCCGGCUUUCAGAACUCGGCCUCGCUGCUGCACAUCCAUUGCUGGGCUCAUCUACGCCGUGGGAGGCCUCAACUCAGCAGCAAAUUUUUAUGCAGGUGACUCCCUGAACGUGGUGGAAGUGUUCGACCCCAUCGCCAAUCGCUGGGAGAAGUGUCACCCCAUGACGACGGCCCGCAGCCGCGUGGGCGUGGCCGUGGUCAACGGGCUCCUCUAUGCCAUCGGAGGCUACGACGGCCAGCUGCGGCUGAGCACCGUGGAGGCCUACAACCCGGAGACCGACAUGUGGACCAGGGUCGGGAGCAUGAAUAGCAAGAGAAGUGCCAUGGGGACAGUUGUGCUGGACGGGCAGAUCUAUGUCUGUGGGGGCUACGACGGCAACUCCUCCCUGAACUCCGUGGAGACGUACUCACCUGAGACUGACAAGUGGACAGUGGUGACUCCAAUGAGCGCAAACCGCAGUGCAGCUGGGGUUACAAUCUUUGAGGGCAGGAUAUACGUGUCCGGAGGCCAUGACGGUUUACAGAUCUUCAACAGUGUAGAGCACUAUAACCACCACACGGCCACCUGGCACCCCGCAGCGGGCAUGCUCAACAAGCGCUGCCGGCACGGCGCCGCCUCCCUGGGCAGCAAGAUGUUCGUCUGUGGCGGCUACGACGGCUCCGGCUUCCUCAGCAUCGCCGAGAUGUACAGCUCCAUGGCCGACCAGUGGUGCGUCAUCGUCCCCAUGCACACUCGCCGGAGCCGCGUCUCCCUGGUGGCCAGCUGCGGGCGCCUGUACGCCGUCGGGGGCUACGACGGACAGUCUAACCUCAGUUCGGUGGAGAUGUAUGACCCGGAGACGGACCGCUGGACGUUUAUGGCCCCCAUGGCGUGCCACGAAGGCGGGGUCGGCGUGGGCUGCAUCCCCCUCCUCACCAUCUAAGGAAGAGGGUGCCACGAGGCGGAGGAGGGGUCUGGACCACACAGAGGCGCGCUCCCUUCCUGGACGGGGUGGACGGGCGAGCCGGCCGCAAGUAGAGGGGUUUUUUUUUGGUUUCCCAGGUGCUUAAGUCCGACCCUCACUGUACCACCCUUGUGGCCUUCGGGUCAUCAAGAUGGCGCAGCACAGGCCAGACGCCCCUCCGGGCUUCACCCCCGCAGCACAGAGCGCCCUGCUGCCGGUCCACAGGCGCCAUCGAAGCCCAGCACUCGGGAGACGGCCGCGUCGCAAUGGCUCCCACCUGACGCUCACCACCUGCUGCUGCUCCAAGCCUGCCACUGGCCAGUUGUGUCAUAGGAGGCUACGGCGGCCAAUCCUUGGAAACUGGGGUGUCCACCAGGAGAGAAAGGACAGCCCCAGGGUUCUUGCAGCCUGUGGCAAUGCAGCAGCACGUUGGUUACACUGAGGAUUUUGGGGUGUUUUUUUUUUUGCCCUUCCCCAUGUCUAACCUUGCAAUUUCAGUGAGGUUUUUUGUUUUGUUUUUCAUCUUGUCCAGAAGAAACCGAAGGAAAACAAAGAUACUUGAAAGAGACCGAAGGAAAUUUAAACACUUGAAAGAAACUGGAAAAACCGAUCCUUUUUUUUUGUUUGUUUGUUUUACAAGAAGAAAACAAAAGACAGUAAAAGCAAAUCCACGUUGAAGUAGCCAGUCCCACAUUUGGAUCCCAGGGUCCUGAGGCCUCACAAAGCCGUUGGGGUUUUUCCUCUGAGCCCCAACACUUCUGGAGUCAAAUGUAUUUUUCAACUGGUCCUAAAGCAAGGUGCUCACUCAUGACAUUUCUCUUCACACCCAUCCUCAGAGGACUUUUUAAAAAUCAUUGGCUUCUGAAUUCUUGCUGAUCUUCUAGGCAGAAGCCCCCAAGUCUUGCAGAAGGCUCUGCACAACCUUACGGUUAACACACACACACACACACACACACACACACACACACAGAUACACAUUCCUUUUUGACCAGCAGGAAUACAGGCUAGCUAACCCCAGAUUCCCACUUCUCUUGUCCUUAGAUAGAUUUCCUCAUUGUGACAUUUCUGGAGCACAUUGACCAUUUUGUACCUCUAGAACCUAAGCCAGCCAUUCUACUGCUCUUCCAUCCAUUCACUUGCCAAUCCCAGGGGCCCAACUUCCCUCCAGCCCUUGGCAGACUGACCAGCAAGAUGGAGCUUUAGCCUGGCUCCAGUGUCUCGCACACCUGUCAUCCUAGCUACUCGGGAGGCUGAGAUCUGAGGUCCAGAGCCAGCCUGGGCAGGAAAA